GCAGAACAUCUCUGGUUCUUACUGCCCCAGUCCUUUAUGUCUAAAGAGACAUCACAGAUGUGACAAUGUUUCUUACCAGUGAAAGAGGAAAAGCAUGCAACUGAGAGAGAAGCAGAGACUUAGCAAGAAUCACAGAGAGAUUAUACAUAGAGGGAGGGAAGAGAGAGACGGCUGCAUACGAACCAAGAGACGGAAAGACAUGAAAGGAAGAAUGCGGGACAGCGUGUGAGACACUAGUGAGAGAGAGUUAUUGGAGUGGAGAGACAGCAGCACAGAAGAGAGGGAUACGAGCGAGGAGAUUUGAUAGAAAGGGAAAGUGGACAGUGUAAGUAUAGAAAGAGAAAAUAUCACACAGAAAGGGGAGGGACAGAAAGUAUGCCAUAGGUGGAAAGCAACUGUAAAAGUCAAGUGAAAUGAAAAACUAGUAGAAGAGAUAUCAAAAGAAACAGGGAAAAUAUUGGGAAUAUCUCAGCAGAAGUCAGUUAGACAAUUGUAGGGUUAAAUGAGAACUAGAAUUCAGGGCAUAGUCAGAAUAAUAUUAGUGAGAGAGAAAUGUUAGGUUGGCACAAUGAAUAGAUGAGAAAUAGGCAAAAAAUUGCAAUAGAGAAUGCUAAUAUGCACUGCUCAGUAGCAGUAGUAGAGAGUUAUCCAUAACAGCAUUUUACAUAUCUUUAGAAAAUUCUGAAACAUAGUAAGGGCAAUAGGCACAGGAAUCCAGAUAGAUAAAAGAGUAAGUAACAAGGUUAUUAUGAGCUCUCUGCUCCUUCCUUGUCCACCUGCUCCAACUCUUCCUUCUAUGCCUUCCUCCUUCUCCACCUCAGUCCCAUGUCCCUCUCUGCAAUCCUGCCCAUCUCGGGGAUUCCUUCACAAUCUUCGAAUUUUGUACCGGAUCCUGGAGGAGGAAGGGGGCGGACAGGUACAUGUGCAGGACAUUGAGAAUUUGUGGGCAGGCCCCAGCAUCCUUUCCUGUGUCCCCCAGGCAUUAAGGGAUGCCACAGCAUCUAGUGGUGGCUACCUAAGCUUCCCUCGACUGGUGAGAGGUCUUACACAGGCACUAAGGGCAGGAGAAUCCCAAGAGACAGACACAAGGAAAAAAAGAGGUAUUAAAGGUGUCACGAGGUCCCACAGUAUCAAUAAUGAUGUUACCAACACCCUGCGACACAUGCACCAGGAGCAGCGAGCACGCCGUCACACACUUACCAGUGCCAUCGAUUACAAUACGCUCCGUCGUAUGAAAGAAUUAGAGCAGGAGCGAGAUGCUUUGCUGGAUGGGCUACAAUUAGUGGACAAAGCUCGGGAAUGGUACAGAGACAAACUACGUGAAGCAGAACAGCACAAGAAACUACAGUGUGACAUGGACUUACCUACGGUGCCACCUCCACCGCUUCUUGGCUCUUCCCUGAUGGUUCAAAUCCAGGAAGUCAACAGAUUUCUGAGUAAACUCAUUUCUCCCCCAGAAAAGGUUUCACGAAGACAUGAUUGCACCACAGCAAUGUGCGAUACUCUCAACACCCUUAAAUACCAAAAUGAGCUUCUCAACAAGGAGCUUUCUAUGCAGAGUGAACGUCUAUGGAAGCUGCAGAGGGAGAAUACAGCUUUAUACAGGGAGCUUGAAGAACGGCAUCCACCUCGAGCAACUUUUAUAUGACUUCUCCAGGCCACCGUCCUCAUCAUCAUGAAACCAAUUUGACUCUGAAAUCUGCAAGGACAUUAGCAAGUAUGAAUGUUGUAGGAGCAGUCGGGUGCAGUCAUCACUUGCUGAACUAGGUACCUGCACAAAUGACUAAACACAUACCGAGUUCUGUUCACUGAAAAUAUAGUUGCAAAGCACAAAGAGAUAUGUGACACAAAUAUAUUCCUAUAUAUGAUUAAACUACUACAAAAUAAUAAGGAAUAACUUGAAUUCUUGUUUUUCUGGGAUCCUACAAGAUUAACAUGACAAGAGGAUCAGUUAUUUCUGGUCGAUUCUUUAUUUGCUGACCAGGGAACUUCAGAGCAUCUCCUCCAGUGAUCAGAUUUGCAGAGUGCUUACCUACUUGGGUACCAUAGACCUGCAGAACAAUGUGACAGCAAUAACUUCUUAAUAACAUUACAGUAUAUAUAUUAUCUGUGCAUUUUAACACUUUCAGAAUAAGAUAUACAGUAGUUGCCUCUUGUGCUUAUUGUAUUGCAUUUCUGAUUACACAGGAGCUCUGAUGUAUAUACUUGCUUGUCAAUGUUUGCUGAAUAAUAAAAAGGUUUUUUUCUCAAGCA